GCCAUGGCGAACGCAAGCACAGACCUGGACAACGCCGAGGCUCAGCGGCAAUUCAACAAUAAUAACCGUCCCGCCAGCACCCUGGAACAGGCCUGGGACGUGAAGAGUACGACAGCCAGGAUCUUUGAGUGCUCCCGGAUCAGAGCACUGGCAGACGAGCGCGACGCUGUUCAGAAGAAGACCUUCACCAAGUGGAUGAACUCUCACUUGGCGCAAGUCGCCUGUCGAAUCGCUGACCUCUACAACGAUCUUCGGGAUGGAUACAUGCUGACCAGGCUGCUGGAGGUGCUGUCUGGGGAACAGCUGCCCAAGCCCACACGAGGUCGCAUGCGGAUCCACUGCCUGGAGAACGUGGACAAGGCUCUGAUGUUCCUCAAGGAGCAGCGCGUCCACCUGGAGAACGUGGGAUCCCACGACAUCGUCGAUGGCAACCAUCGCCUCUCGCUGGGUCUGAUAUGGACCAUCAUCCUCCGCUUCCAGAUCCAAGUGAUUAAGAUCAAGACUGAAGACAAUCGGGAGACGCGUUCGGCCAAGGAUGCACUGCUUCUCUGGUGUCAGAUGAAGACCGCUGGCUACCCCGAAGUGAGCAUUCAAAACUUCACAACCAGCUGGCGAGACGGGCUUGCCUUCAAUGCUCUGAUCCAUAAACACAGGCCCGAUCUGAUUGAAUUCAGCAAACUGACCAAAUCUAACGCCACCCACAAUCUCCAGGAGGCCUUCAACAGUGCAGAGCAGCACCUCGGACUGACCAAACUUCUUGACCCAGAAGACGUCAAUACGGAGAAUCCGGAUGAAAAGUCAAUCAUCACCUACGUUGUGUCCUUUUACCAUUACUUCUCUAAAAUGAAAGCUCUGGCUGUCGAAGGGAAGAGGGUUGGAAAGGUCCUUGAUAAGGCACUGGAGACGGAGAAGAUUAUCGAGCGGUAUGAAGUGCUGGCCUCCGAACUGCUGGAGUGGAUCGAGAAGACCAUCGGCAUUAUCAGCAACCAGAAAUUCGCCAACUCCCUGGUCGGGGUACAGCAGCAACUGCAGGCUUUCACCACAUACUGUACCACUGAGAAGCCCAUCAAAUUUCAAGAGAAGGGAAACCUGGAGGUCCUCCUGUUCACCAUCCAAAGCAAACUGAGAGCGAACAACCAGAAACUGUACGUGCCUCAUGAGGGGAAUCUCAUCUCUGACAUCAACAAGGCCUGGGAACGCCUGGAGAAGGCGGAGCAUGAGAGGGGCGUGGCUCUGAGGACAGAGCUGAUUCGCCAGGAGAAGCUGGAACUCUUGGCUCAGCGCUUUGAUCACAAAGUCACUAUGAGGGAGGCGUGGCUGAAUGAGAACCAGAGACUGGUCUCACAGGACAACUUUGGUUAUGACCUGCCGGCAGUGGAGGCGGCGAUGAAGAAGCACGAAGCCAUCGAGGCGGACAUCUCGUCGUACGAGGAGCGCAUCGCUGUGGUUGUGGAGCUGUCGGCGGAGAUGGAGUCCGAGAGCUACUACGACGUCCGGCGCAUCGCUGCUCAGAAGGACAACGUCCUGCGGCAGUGGAGUCUGCUGAAGGAGCUGGUGAUUGGGCGCCGGGCUCGCCUGGAGAGGAACCUCACCCUGCAGAACACCUUCCAGGAGAUGGUCUACAUGAUCAACUGGAUGGAGGAGAUGCAGGUGCUGUUGCUCUCCAAGGACUUCGGAAAGCAUUUGCUGGAGGUGGAUGACUUGCUUCAGAAACACGGGCUGCUGGAAGCUGACAUCUCCGUGCAGGCAGAGCGGGUGAAGACACUCAACGCGGCAGCUCUCAAAUUCACCAGCAUGGAAGGUUACCAGCCCUGUGAUCGCCAGGUAAUCUGCAACAGGGUGAGACACGUCAGCACCUGCCUGGAAGAGCUCAAACAGCUUGCUGGAAAGAGGCGCUCGGAGCUGGAAGAAUCCCGGCAGCUGUGGGCCUUCUUCCAGGAAAUGGAGGAAUCUGAGGCCUGGAUCCGGGAGAAGACGGCCAUCCUGGCCACCCAGACCUUCGGCAAGGACCUCAGCAGCAUCUUGAAGCUGCUCAACAAGCACAAGACCCUGGCCGGGGAGCUCUUGGGCCGCCGGUCCCUCCUCCAGCAGACCAUGAAGAAGGGCAAGCAGAUCCUGACCCAGAAAUGCUUCGGGACGGGGCACAUCCAGGAGAAGAUCAUGGAGGUGAAGGCCCAGUGGAAGAAGCUUGAAGACCACGCGGGCUUGAGGCUCCACAAACUACAGGAGGCCCUCAGCUUCUUCCAGUUCAAUGCAGAAACGGAUGAUCUCUUGGCCUGGCUGCAGGACACCUACAGGCUGGUCUCCAGUGAGGACUUUGGCCACGACGAGUACUCCACCCAGUCCUUGAUGAAGAAGCACAAAGGGGUGGCCGAGGAGAUCGAGAAGCACCGGAUCUAUGUGGUAUCUCUCCGCAAGCACAAGGUCAGCUUGUCCGCGCAGUACCGGGACCUGGACGAGGUGCAGAACCGCAUGGCAGAGGUGGAGCAGCUCUACACGGAGGUGACCGAAGUGACUGCCCUGAGGCAGCAGUGGCUCCACGAUGCCCUGGCCGUCUACCGCAUGUUCAGCGAGGUCAACGCCUGCGAGGUCUGGAUCGAUGAGAAGGAACAGUGGCUCAACAAAAUGGAAAUCCCAGAGAAGCUGGAAGACGUGGAAGUGGUGGCACACAGGUUUGAGAGUCUUGACCAGGAGAUGAACAGUCUGAUGGGACGGAUUCUGGAUGUCAAUCAGAUUGUCCAGCAGCUUCUGGACAGUGGUCAUCCGAGUUCUGCAGAGGUCAGAGGCUGCCAGGACCACCUCAAUGGCAGGUGGAACCGGAUUGUGGAGCUGGUGGAGCAGAAGAAGGACCACCUGAAUUCUGUCGUGCGUAUCCAGAACUUCUUGCUGGAGUGCACCGAGAUGCAGUCUCAGAUCAGCGAGAAGAGGAAAGCCAUCGAGACCACCCAGUAUGCCGGCACUGAUCUGGGAGGGGUGCUGGCCCUUCAGAGGAAGCUCUCCACCAUGGAGGGAGCCUUGGCCAUCCUGGAGCCCAAGCUGAUCAGCCUUCAGCAAGAGGCUGAAGAACUGGCAGCCACCCACCCCUCCCAAGCCAUGGAGAUAUUGGUGCAGUUUGAGCAGAUCAGCGUGGAGUGGGACGAGCUCAAGAGGAUCCUGCAAGGGUGCGAAGACUCCCUCACGGUGGCCAGCAGGCUCCAGCAGUUCAUCCAAGACCUGGACAACUUCUUAACCUGGCUGGUGCGCACCCAGACGGCCGUGGCUUCGGAGGAGCUCCCCAACAAUCUGGAGGAAGCCGAGCGGCUCAUCAACCAGCAUGCCGCCUUGAAGGAGGAGAUCGGACGCUACGAGGAGGACUACAACCAGAUCCAGGAGGUCAACAAGCUCCUGGCUCUGGAGGAGGCCGAGCUGCCCUACAUCUCCCUCCAGCAGUGGCUGCAGAAGCUGGAUGUGGGCUGGAACAAGCUGCUGGAAAUGUGGGAGAGCCGGAGGGAGGUCCUGGUGCAGUCCCACAUAUUCCACCUCUUCCUUCGUGACGUCAAGCAGGCAGAGUCCUUCCUCAAUAACCAGGAAUCAGCCCUGGCUCAUGUAGAGCUGCCCACCACCGUGGAGACAGUGGAAGCCACUAUAAAGAAGCACAGAGACUUCACCACCACCAUGGACCUGAACCUGCAGAAGAUCAAAGCUGUGAUGGAGGCUGGGGAGAGCCUGGUGGGACAGGGAAGCAUCUACUCUGAGCGCUUCAAGGAGAGGAUUGAGAUCAUCAGGACCAGGACUAAAAAGAACCGAAGCUCGGCUGAGGAAUGGCUUCAGAAGCUGUUAGACCAGUGGGAACUGCAGAGGUUCUUACAGGAUUGCCACGAGCUGGACGACUGGGUCGCGGAAAAGAUGCUGAUGGCUCGCGACACGUCUCGCGACGAGGCCCAUAAGCUGCACAAGAAAUGGCUCAAGCACCAGGCUUUCAUGGCUGAGCUAGCCCAAAACAAAGACUGGCUGGAGAAGAUUGAAAAGGAGGGCCAGCAGCUGAUCCAGGAGAAGCCAGAGUUGGGCUCCAUCGUGCGGAAGAAGCUGGGGGAGAUCCGACAGUGCUGGCUGGAGCUCGAGUCCACCACACAGGCCAAGGCUCGUCAGCUUUUCGAGGCCAACAAGGCAGACGUGCUGGUGCAGAGCUACACGGAGCUGGAUCAGCAGCUGCUCCAGCUCGAGGGGAGGCUGGGCCAGGUGGACGAGGGCCGAGACCUCACCAGCGUCAACAAGCAGCUCAAGCAGCUCCAGACCAUGGAGGCGCAGAUGGAGGAUUGGUAUAAGGAAGUUGGAGAGCUGCAGGUGCAGGCGACCUCCAUCCCCCAGCAGGGGGCGAUCAAAGACAGCGUUAACCAGAAGCAGAACGUGGUGGAGACGCGGAUCGUCCGGCUAAUUGAGCCCCUCAAAGAGAGGCGGCGCAUACUGCUGGCAUCCAAAGAGGUGCACCAAGUCAGCCGUGACCUGGAGGACGAAAUCCUGUGGGUUCAGGAGAGACUUCCCUUGGCAACCUCCAAAGAGCAUGGGGACAGCCUGCAGGCCGUACAGCAGCUCAUGAAGAAGAAUCAGUCUCUGCAGAGGGAACUCCAGGGACACAGGGGGAGGGUGGAUGACGUGUUGGACAGGGCUGGGCUGAUCGCCUCCAUUCGCAGCCCCGAGGCGGACUGUGUCCGGUCCAGCCUGGACUGCCUGCAGCAGCUGUGGGACACCUUGCGCUCGGAGACAGAGCAGCGGCAGAUCACACUGGACGGCAUGUACCAGGCUCAGCAGUACUACUUCGACGUGGCCGAGGUGGAAACGUGGCUAAGCGAGCAGGAGCUGCACAUGAUGACUGAGGAGAAGGGCAAGGAUGAGGCCAGCACCCUGCAGCUGUUAAAGAAGCACCUGGCCCUGGAGCAGACCAUCGAGGAUUACGCUGAGACCAUCGGCUUGCUGUCCCAACAGUCUCGCUCUCUCCUGGAGCUGGGACACCCAGACAGCGAGCAGAUCGGCAAGCGUCAGUUCCAGAUCGACCGGCUCUACGUGUCUCUGAAGGACCUGGUGGAGGAGCGCAAGGGGAAGCUGGAGCAGCAGUACUGGCUCUACCAGCUGAACCGGGAGGUGGAUGAGCUGGAGCAGUGGAUAGCUGAGAAGGAGGUAGUGGCAGGCUCACCAGAGCUGGGACAGGAUUCCGAGCAUGUCACGUUGCUCCAGGAGAAGUUCACCGAGUUUGCCUCGGAGACGGGCUCCCUCGGUCAGGAACGGGUGUCGGCGGUCAACCAGAUGGCGGACGAGCUGAUCGACUACGGCCACGCGGACGCGGCCACCAUCGCGGAGUGGAAGGACGGGGUGAACGAGGCCUGGGCCGACCUGCUGGAGCUCAUGGAGACCCGGGCGCAGAUGCUGGCCGCCUCUCACCAGCUGCACAAGUUCUUUGACGACUGCCGCGAGGUGCUCUCGCAGAUCGAGGACAAGCAGAAGAGGCUUCCCGAGGUGCGGGCCCGCCAGGGGGGCAGUGCCAACACCAGUAGCCUGCAGAGACUCAUGCACUCCUUCGAGAGAGAUAUCCAGCAGCUUGUUACCCAGGUAAGACAGCUUCAGGAAAGCGCGGCUCAACUACGGACGGUCUACGCUGGCGAGAAAGCAGAAGCCAUUGCCGGGAGGGAGCAGGAAGUGAUGCAAGCCUGGAAGGAGCUGCUGACUUCCUGCGAGGAGUGCCGGGUGCAGAUCACCACGGCGACGGACAAGCUGCGCUUCUUCGGAAUCGUGAGGGAUCUGGUUUUGUGGAUGGACAGCGUCAUCUGUCAGAUCGGCACGGGAGAAAAACCAAGCAGGGCUUUGCUGAGGAUAAAUUAUCUAAGGGAUGUAUCGUCGGUCGAGGUGCUGAUGAAUUACCACCAAGGGCUGAAGAAUGAGAUUGAAGCCCGCAACAAGAACGUGAUGCAAUGCGUGGAGAUGGGCAAGAUGCUGCUGGCAGCCAGGAACCCAGCAGCAGAGGAGAUUAAGGAGAAACUGGAGAAGGUGAUCGCGAAGCAGAAAGAGCUUUCGGAGAAAUGGGACAAGCAUUGGGAAUGGCUGCAGCACAUGCUGGAGGUGCAUCAGUUUGCCCAGGAAGCUGUAGUCGCGGAUGCCUGGCUCGCGACACAGGAGCCCACCAUCAAGAGCCAGGAGCUGGGCAGCAGCAUGGACGAGGUGGAGCAGCUCAUCCGCCGGCACGAGGCCUUCCGCAAAGCAGCUGCAACCUGGGAGGAGAGAUUCAGUUCACUGAGGAGGCUUACCUCGCUGGAGAAGUUAAAAGCCGAGCAGAGUAAGUUGCCCCCGACGCCGAUGCUGGGGCGAAAGGUCUUCGUGGACCCUCAGGAGGCUGGCCCAGCUUGGACCCCCUCCUCAGUCAUGAGGCAGACCAUCUACGAGCAGGUCGAACCCAAAACCGAGAGGCAUUUGGAAAUCGCCUCCUCUUCCACCAAGAAGCUGGGCUCCACCGCGGCCUCCUCCUACAUGCCGGUGAUGAACGGGACGAAAUACAUGGGCUUGGACCCCCGGAACGAACCAAAAAUAGCCUACUUCCGUCAGGAGCUGAAACCCGAGCGACUUCAGCCCAGGAUCGACCAACUGGCAGACUGCAUCCAGCCCGCUUUGGAAGCCAAGAAACUGGAACGAGAAAAGCAAGAGCAAAGAUUGACCAACCCGCACCAGGAGGGGGCCCGAGAGCUGGUCAAUGGGACCCAGGAGCACGUAGGUGUGAGGGCAAGCCGAUCGGACCUGCAGACGGAGAAGAGGAGGCAGGAGAGACAGACUUCCAGCGACCAGGAGGUCCGGGCCAGGAGAGACGAGCUGCCUCAGGAGAGGAGGAGGCGCGACCGGAGGAUGGAGAGGCAGUCGUCUAGCGAGGAGGAGGCUCCACCAAGGAAGGAGGAGCUGCCUCAGGAGAGGCGGAGGGAUAGACACGAACGCAAGCUGGAGAGACAGGAGUCCAGCGAACAGGAUCGCUCUGAGAAGCGGACAGGAGGGGAGAAGCGGUCGACUCUAGCCGACAUCGUGGAACAGCUGCAGGAGAGAGAGCAUUCCCAGGCAACAGCUCAGGUCCGAGAGAGGGAUCCUGGACCUCGCCUCCACAACGGGCUGCCGGAGCGCACUCCCAGACCGGACCGUCCGCGAGCCAGGGACCGACCCAAACCUCGAAGGAGACCCCGGCCCAAAGACCCCAGCACCCCUCUCGGAGAGACCCGGCGCUCCCGCUCAGCCCCGGCCCAGAGCACCUGCUCCGCCCCCCCGGCUCCCCCCUCUCACACAGUCCAGCAGGAGGGCUGCAUGUUCCGCAAGCAAGACGUGGAGAUUGAAAAAAAAUCGUCAAACAGGUCCUGGGUAAACCUGUACUGCAUUGUGACAAACGGGGAGAUGGGCUUCUAUAAAGAUGCCAAGAACACCACGGCCACCUUCAAUGGAGAGCCAAUCAUCAGCCUGAACAACUGCAUCUGCGACGUGGCCAAUGGGUACAAGAAGAAGAAGAACGUCUUCAAACUCAAGACACAAGAAGGAAGCGAGUUUUUUUUCCACACGAAAGACGAGACGGAUCUGAAGAACUGGGUCCAGACGAUAACGACCGCCAUCUCGGAGCACGAGGAGAUCACGAAAUGGGCCCAGACCCAGCCUACUACCUCUUCGACGGACGAUGGGAACUCGCGGAAGACCAUGGAGGAGCGGCGCCUCAGCGUCUCAUCCAAGAAGAAUUGAGCGGGGAGGAAGACGAGGGGUUCUCCUUCUCACGGGACGAUCCCGCGGUCUAUCCGCUGCGCACACACGCACGUGUGUGUGUGUGUGUGUGUGUGUGUGUGUGUGUGUGUCCCAUAUCCCCCACCCCACCCACCCCACCCCUUUCUCUGUCUCUCGCAGGGAGCAGAAAAGCGCUUAGGACAAGCCACAGCACCAACUCUUAGACACUGACGAUCCACAAUUCUGUAGCUCAACGUCUGUAUUGAACCAUUGAAGCACAUGUCAAAGAUGCAUGAGCUGUGCCGUGACAGGUUACCGGUGCAAAAACGAAUCAAACCACGCCGAUUUGAACGUGUAUUUAAAUGUAAGCAGAGUAGAGUUUCAAUGAUAUAUUUAUUUACUGACAGCUGUAAUUACCUGCAUUUUAUUUUAUUGUAUUUGAGUCGUGUGGGGCAUUGCUGCAGUCAGGGGGUGAAAUAAUUGGGCACUCUAAAUUUAUAUAUAAAAAAAGACAGAACAAAAGCAUCAAAUAAGGCUCUUGACCUGCAAUUCAAAACCAGCUACCGCAUGCGACCCCAUGGAGUUAAGAACAUUGCUGUCUAGAGUUGCCGGUGCCUGUUUGCUUUGUAAAAGAGAGAGUCCGAGCCUUCAAAAAGAUCCUAAUUCUCUACGCGUAUGGAACUCGUAUCAGGACACCAUUUUUAAGCCAUCGACUUACUUUUACUGGAAAUGCAUCUAUUUUCAAUUGAUAAGGAUAGAUUUGCUUUGUCCUUUUUUUUAUCUUUAGACGCGUAAUACGCAAACUAGCUGGCCACUAUGUGUACUGCUGCUCCUAGUAGAACAAAACUGCUCUCAAAAAACAUUCUGCUGAACUGGUAUUGUGAAGAUGCGCAGUAUACAACAUGGUAACUAGCGGUACAAAUACACUGCACAUAUGAUAUGGCAAAGCUGUACUAAUCUACAUACAGUAUGUGAAACACAUACUGCAGUGCAAAGUAAGAGAACAGUGUCAUUUUUAGUAUCCAACAUGGCUUUUUCUCUUUUUCUGAAUCGUUGCAAUAUACACAAUGAACACAAGGAGGUGUUACACACCAGAUCAUUUUGUACAAAUGUUUUAUUACACAAAUUAAAGUGGGAGGAGGGGGGGAAGGGUACACACGUGCACGGAAUUCACAGGUGUGCGUUACAUUCUAACAAUUACAAGACUUAUUCUAUUGUCAUACAGCACAGCAAAUUCUGUAAAUAGCAUACAAGUUUAGAAUGGUAAAAAUAUAAUGCUAUAUAUUGAGUAUACAGUUCAUGUGAUAAGAUAUUGCUGUUUUAGAGUGUACUGCGUAUGCUAUUCUGCUUUUUUUGGAAAAGUACUCAGCUUUGCAAUUUCUUCUGUGUUUAUGGAACGGUUUGGAGAGAUGUGGCGUUCAGGAACAUAAAUGGGUAUGGUAAUUUGAGUUAAUAUUGCCUUUAAUUAUUAAAAUAGUGAGUUUUCAGUUUAUUACUCAAACCGAAUAACUGGUUUAUGCAGCACUAGUAUUUAGUGGCCAGAAAGCAUAUUUUGUGACCUUUUUUUUUUCUCACAGUGCUUCUAAAAAAUAUCUUGUUUUUUUUUUUUAGACCAAUUUUAUGAUUUAUGAAUUUAUCAAAGCAGCUAGACUGUAGUAAUUAUUGUCGUUAACAGGUUUUAUUUUUAGAAAAUCCCCUCAAAAACAAGCAAUUUAUGGAGGGAUUGCAAGUCAUUUUCUUAACUGUUUUGAAAAAAGUUUUUUGAAGGCAGUAUAACUUUAAAUACCUAUGCUCAGGUUAUGAAUUGUAUGUUACUUCACCACUGCCACAUUGAGAAACACUGAUGCAGGAGAAUAUGUUAUAUGCUAGGGAUCCUUCUUAACCCAUUAAGUACCAAAUACAUUUUUCUUUGCAAAAAUCAGAACACAAGCUGUUUAUGUAAUUUGAUACAAUCUAAAUCAACAUUUCUUCACAGAAGAAAACAAAGCCUUCAUUUUGGCUACUGUUGCGUCCUAUUUUGAGAAGUCAAGUUAGACGUGUUCCCACAAUCAAACCAGUGGAAUAUGAAUCAAAACUGGUUAUGAAGCUCAACACUUAGAAAAUGGAGCUUUAUCAUCACUGUGGGGAGGAAAACACCAAGAAAUUAUGUUUAGGCUUCAGUUUCUUAUUUUGGCGUUGUAAAAGCACCCGGAUUUACAGAAAGAAGUUACAUUUAGACUUUAACGUUUAUGGUUAAGUAGCUUCUGAAAACAAUACAGUUAAAGAGAAAAUUAAAAUAACAGGUGGGCGUCCAUUUAAAAUGCUCCAAAAAUUGACAUAGUAGCCUGUCUUCAAAGGAGGACAAUGGCACUUAAUGGGUUAAUAACGUAAGCGGAAGUCCUGCAAAGCUGCGCUUCUUUUAAACUGUAUCUUAGCUCUUGCGUUUUUUAAUUCAUGUGAGCCACCAGCCCCUUCGCUUAGUCUGUAAAUAAGACAACUCCACAAAGCACAGCCAUACGUUCUCCACAAAUUCCUCCGUAAACAAAAUGGUACAACCAUAAUAAGGGUUUUUGUAUUGUAUUACGUAUAAUAAAAAUAAUAAAUUCGGUUAUGCAGUAGUAAUACUUCAGUUAUAUUAAAUUGAUAAGGAAGACGCUAUUGAAUAUAUAUAUAUAUAUAUAUAUAUAUAUAUAUAUAUAUAUAUAUAUAUAUAUAUAUAUAUAUAUAUAAGUUAUGCAAUUUUUAUUUGCACUGCAACUUAAUCCAUUAUACAAUGCUGAUGCCCGCUCGGCAGUGCUGUAGCAGGGUCGAGAUGUGGACGAGGUUGUCUACUGCUAGCAUAUUCAGCAGUGGUUUAUGCGCAUUAUUUUUCACGCUAUGUCGCUAUUCGAUCACAUUUUCCAGACGAGCUCGCUGAAUGUUAGCACAAGACUAUUGCAUUUAGGCUCUCACAGUGGCGGGUUGGUUGAUUAGCGCUAUAGGUCAUAAUACAUUACUUUUUCUUAAUCGACUACCAAAAAAAAACAUUUUUAGAAAGAUGCAUUGUGAUUAAACUGGUCGAUCCGCGCAUUCCAGUCAACAAACUCAAUCUCUGCCAGCGCUCUAGUUAGCAUCUUAUAAUUCGAAUGAAGGGUGCAUUCAUCCAAACCGUUUUUCUUGUUGACUUCAUUCCAGGUGGUGAGUUGUAGUUCUGAUUUGUGCCACCAGAUGUCAGGAUAACCUAAAAAAUCGACCCAAACGCCUUUUUUGUUUGUUUCAAUCAGGGUAAAACGUUCUUAAAGACCAGCUCCUCCUAUACUACUAUAAAAAUUUACUGUAGACCUCUUUGGCCCACAGCCCAAGCAGUAUUGUUUAUUUAUUUAUUUAUUUAUUUAUUUAUGUAUGUAUGUAUGUAUGUAUGUAUGUAUGUAUGUAUGUAUGUAUGUAUGUAUGUAUGUAUGUAUGUAUGUAUGUAUGUAUGUAUGUAUUUAUUUAUUUAUACAGGAUAUGCCAAUGCGAAUCUCUUCUCUUGCCCUGCUACACAGCGACGUGUUAAGCAACCUGCUGAUUUCUCACAAAGCGCAGAAUGCUUGACGACCUGUAUAAAAUGUAAUUGCUUAAAAUAUUUUCUGUAAACAAAACGAUUACUUUUUUUUUGCUGUAAACAUUUAAAAACAAAGUUUUUUAAAAAUGUUUACAGCAAAAUAAAGUAUGUAGUAGCAUGCUGUAGUAGUUAGUAGUCCCCAUGAAUUGGUCUGUGCAUGUUUUUUAACCAAAAAAAAAAAAAAAGGUUUGAUCACCCAACUAUACAAUCACUGUACAAUUAUCCAGUUGGGAUUAAACAUAUAAUUAAUUGGAAAUCAGAUUGAAUGAUAAACAAUGUAUAAAAUAAUACAAACCUGCAAUCUCUA